AUGGAUAACAUCUCCUCUUCCCACAUUAUUAAUGUCACAGCUCUGAAUGAUUGGGACUGGACCAGCAGGAUCUUAUUUUUCUCUUUUGCACUUCCAGGUUACCUUCUGACUAUUGUUCUGAAUGCCACCUUGAUUAUGAUUAUUGUUUUUGAGAAAGCCCUGCAUGAGCCCAUGUACAUUUUCUUGUGUAAUCUGUGUGUUAAUGAUCUGUGUGGAGCUACAGGGUUUUAUCCCCGGACUUUGUCAUAUUUGCUCACGGAAACAAACAGGAUUUCACUUGAUGAAUGUGCUGUACAAGGUCUUGUCAUUGUGUUCUAUGCAACUGGUGAAUUCACAAAUUUAAGUGUCAUGGCUGUUGAUAGGUAUGUAGCGAUCUGUCAACCUUUACAUUAUCACAGUAUUAUGUCACCUUUCACUGUGUGGAGCCUGGUAACUUUUAUUUGGAUAUUUCCUUGCUUUGUAAGUGUAAUGGCAGUUUCAUUGGCUCUAAAAUACCCUUUUUGCAAACACAGCAUAAAUAAACUUUUCUGUGAACACCUUACCUUGUUAAACCUUGCAUGCAAACAAGAUAUAUUUCAAGGGAUCUUUAAUGUAUUUAUCUAUAUCAGCAUGUCUGCCUUUUUUGUUUUUGUUCUGCUUUCCUAUUUAAAAAUAAUUCUAGCUUGUAGAAAAUCAAAAGUAAAUCAAGAGAAGUUCUACAGCACAUGUAUACCACACUUGGUUUCCUUUCUGAACACAACCUGUGGUCUUUUUGAUUCAGUCUACACAAAACUUAAAGUAGAAACAUUGUCUAAUAUGACAUAUACUUUCUUGUCUGUUAUAAUCUUGACUAUUCCCCCUGUUGUCAAUCCCGUAGUAUAUGGUAUAAAAUUAGGUCCAAUCAGGGCAAAAAUAUUGUAUAUUUUCCAAAGUUCAAAGAUUAAUAACUUGUAGUAUUCACUGUUAUAAAUAAUGUAGUGCUGACUGUUUUUUUUUGCUUGUUUGUUUGUUUUAUGAUGCAUCACAGCGAUGCUUCAUUAGCAGUGGCUGUUUAAGCUGCAGAAAAAAGUGUGCUCAUAUAAUGUUAUUUAAAUACGACAAUGUAUAUUGUGCUGUAC